AUGGCAAGCAGGAACGCCAAAGCGUUGAAGAUAGAGGAUUUGUUUGGAGAGGAGCCUGAUUGGUUUCAAGAGUCAUAUCUUGUUCCAGCGAUGGAGUCAAUUGGUGUGGAAUUUGUGCUCCAGAAAUGGAGCCUAGUCCCGUAUAAGGCCAAACGUAAAAUAGAAGAGAAGUACAAGGCCAUGGAUGCCGAAGAAGCGUUCAUCAAGAAAUUUAAAGACAAGGUGGAGACUCUAAAAGAUGAAAUCAAAUGGUGUUGUAAUAAACCUGAGUGUCCGUCGGACAAGAAGUUUAAAGAUAAUAUUAAGGUGUGUGAAGUCGGCUCGAAGACUUGGAAAUGUGAGUGUUUGUGGAAAAAGAAAGCUUUGUUGGAUGAAGUGUUUUCUUUGAUCACAAAGAAAGAAAACUAG